GGCACCUGGAGUUUGAAAUGAGGCGGAAAUACGUCUGAAAGCGAGGUAGGAACUCACUCUGGGAAGACUAAGGCUGGAGGAAGCACAGCCGGUAAGGCGGGACGGCGUCAGAGUCCUGCACGUGGAAGUUCUGCUCCUGACGCAGCUUCCCGAAGGUUGUCCUGCUCCUGCAGACCGGCCGGGCUCCUCAGCUGGGCAAUAUAGCCUGGAUACGUAAACAGCUGGGGUGUGGCAGCUGAUUGUAUAGGUCCUGCUGCUGCAGUGGCAUACCGACAUAUUUAAAAUGUCGAUGGAUAUAACUUUCCUCGGCACAGGCUCGGCAUAUCCCUCUCCAACAAGAGGAGCAUCGGCGUUAGUGCUUCGCAGGGAAGGAGAGUGCUGGCUCUUUGACUGCGGAGAGGGAACUCAAACACAAUUCAUGAAGAGCCAUCUCAAAGCAGGCAGAGUUACCAAGAUUUUCAUAACUCAUCUUCACGGUGACCACUUCUUUGGACUUCCUGGCCUGCUGUGUACACUUAGCCUCCAAAGUAGCCCUGACGCAAACAAACCACCCGUUGAUAUUUAUGGGCCAUUAGGGCUGCGAAACUUCAUACGGAGGAGCAUGGAGCUCUCCCAAUUUAAAGAGUUUUCUUGCUUGGACGGAGAUGAGGUGUCUCCCCAGGGAGCACAAGGGAGAAUACUCCAGCUGGAUCCAGUAGAAAACUCUUACUUGCUGGUUGAGGAUGAGCAGCUAGUUCUGAAAGCGUUUCGCCUAUUUCACCGCAUUCCUUCCUUUGGCUUUGUGGUGGAAGAGAAGCCCCGGACCGGUAAACUCAAUGUACAGAAACUGAAAGACCUUGGAGUUCAACCAGGUCCUUUAUAUGGGAAACUGAAGGAUGGAACAGCAAUCGUUCUAGAAAACGGAGUAACGAUUUCUCCUUCAGACGUCUUAGAAGACCCUAUUCCUGGAAGAAAAAUUUGCAUUUUGGGGGAUUGUUCAGGGGUGGUUGGAGAUGCGGCCGUGAAGCUUUGCUGUGAAGCAGACGUACUGAUACAUGAAGCCACGUUGGACGAUACCCAAGAGGAAAAGGCCAGGGAGCAUGGUCACAGCACUCCAAAAAUGGCAUCAGAAUUUGCAAAAUUGUGUAAAGUGAAGAAACUGGUUUUGACUCACUUCAGUCAGCGGUAUAAACCAGCUGCUCAGAGAGGCGAGGGAGACACGGACAUCGCCGAACUGAAGAGACAGGCAGAGUCAGUGUUAGAUGGUCAAGAAGUUACACUAGCUGAGGAUUUUAUGACAAUAGAAAUUCCAAUGAAAAAGUAAAAAUAGCAGUGUUGGCAAGCUCUGUGUGAAGACAUGAAGUAGGAUGGUGUUGGAUAGCACUUAAAAAUAACGGUGGGGUUUCUGGUAUCCGAAUUAGUUCUCUGCCGUGGCACGCGGAGAACCGUUGCAAACUGGAGAGAGUACCGGGUACGGUUAGCAUUGCUUUUGUAAAGCAAGAAAAAAGGAUACUCAAACAUCUGGAACUUGGAAUGAAUUCGUAAGCGAUGGUUUGGGACACCUAGCCUCCCCAGAAACCCAGUGUGCAGGCUGGUGCAAGUCUUCACAGCCCAGGGGUUUUCCUUGCACCACGGAUUCCUAGAGCAGAGCACUGGAUCACUUGGCUUAAUACCGCCCUCGGGAAGGCUUGCGUUCUGCGCCAGAAUUGAAGAUUUCUUGCCUGUUACAAGCUUUGGAAUAACAUCUACUUCAAACUUGUAUACAGUAUUUUGUAACUGUUACCCGAUUUCUGUGUAAGAGGACUAUUAACACUGAAACUAAUAAAGUAUUUAUAACUCUGCC